AGAAAACUAAGUUAACAGCACCAUCUAGGGGAAAGAGGCGGAUUCCAAGUGCCUCGGGGUGAGCCGCUGGUGCGGAACUCCCAAGGCUGCAGGAGCCGGAGGCAAGCGAGGCCCCCUAGGCGCUCCUUCCACGUCUGUCCUUCUCCUCUCGGGCCAGACAGAACUACCAGUCCCAGGAGGCCCUGAGCGCACGUCGCUGAAGGCGGGGCGUUAACGUUAUGACGCACGGGUGGGGGCGGGGCCCGAGAAGUUCGUCCUGGGACCUUUGCCCAGCCCCGUCCCCGCCCCUGCCCCUGUUGCUGUUGCGACGCAGCUGCUGGUGGCUGUUGCUGCUGCGGGACCCCACCCCCCACCAUGGAAGAGACAAGCGAGGAGCCCCCAACAUCGGCCGUGCUGCUGGAUCAUUGCCAUUUCUCUCAGAUCAUCUUUAAUAAUGUGGAGAAGUUUUACAUCCCCGGGGGAGACAUCACAUGCCAUUACACCCUCACCCAGCAUUUCAUUCCCCGAAGGAAGGACUGGAUUGGCAUCUUUAGGGUAGGAUGGAAGACAACCCGAGAAUAUUACACCUUUAUGUGGGCUCCUUUGCCCACUGACGCCAACAGUAAAUCAUCCUUGCAGCAACAAGUGCAGUUUAAAGCUUACUACCUACCCAAAGAUGAUGAGUAUUAUCAGUUCUGCUAUGUGGAUCAGGAUGGUGUUGUACGGGGGGCCAGUGUCCCUUUCCAGUUCCGUCCAGAAAGUGAGGAAGACAUCUUGGUGGUCACCACUCAGGGAGAAGUGGAGGAGAUUGAGCAACUCAACAAGGAACUUCGCCAACAGAACCAGGAGUUAAAAGACAACUGUGUUAGUCUCCAGAAACAGAACUCAGACAUGCAUGCUGAGCUCCAAAAAACUCAGGAUCUGCAGGAGAGACUGGAGUCUCUGACAGAGAUCAAUAAGACAUUGGAGCAGAGGGUCAGUGUCCUGAACGAAGAGAACGAGGGUCUGAAAGUACAGAAGGGCUGUUGGGAGACAGAAAUGCUUCAACUUAAAGUGCACAACCAGAAUGUGGCCUCGGAAAAUGAGAAAAUGGGUGUCAGGCUGAAGACCACACUGGAUCACCUUGACCAGCUUCAGGCACAGAUUUCAGUAGGAGAGAAAGAAAUAGAGAAGCUGACUCAGGGGGACCGGGACAGAACCGAGCAGUUGGAGCAUUUGAAGAAGGAAAAUGAACAGCUACUUCUCAGUUUGACUAAGCAGAGGGAGCACCAGCAGAAGCUUGAACAGACUGUGGAGGAGCUGAAGCAAAAGGAAACCGCAUCAACCCGGAAGCACCAGGAGUUCACGAACCAGAUCAGUGACCUGAUGAAGAGGCUAGAUGAGAGCAAAUUUUUCUAUCAGGAGCUACAGAGGGAGAAGACCAGAUUAGAAGGAGAAAAAGAUCUCUUGCAGAAGGAAAAUGACAGGCUGCUGUGUUAUGUCUGUGAGGAUUCUGAUUCCAAGCUGCUGUCUAACCCUACUCCUGUUCAAGAAGCCCUAGAAGAAAAUACUGGCCUCGUUUUUGGAAAUCCUUAUUCUGCUACCCAAGACAUCCAUGUCCCCAUCCUGCCCUCUAUCAAAAAGUGCCCCAUCUGCCAAGGGGUCUUCCCUGAUGAUGUGGAGGAAAACAUCUUCGAGCAGCACCUGCAGAUCCAUAUCCUGGACUGUCCAUAUUGCGAUGAGGUUUUCUCAGAGAUUGAACGGCAGGUGUAUGAUGACCAUGUGUUCUGUCACUCACUUUAAAAAGUGUUACAACCACUUGGCCUCGGGUAGAGUCGGCCAGAAAGCCCCUCUUCGGAGUAAUGAGUCAAGAUUGGUUCUAAACCUGAAACUACUAAAUCCACUCAGUCCUUCUUUUCUCUGGGGAUGGCAUCCUGAUGACCCAUCUUUGAGAUACUUGUUAACCUUCAUCCUUUUGGAUCAGUCUCUGUUAGCUCAGAUAAUGGCUCAGGCUUUACUGUAGCCUUUACCUUUCCAUAAAGAGACUCAGUGAACCCGUUCCAGAAUGAGGCUGUGCUGGCUUUGCAGGCUUGUGCACUGAAGUGAUUAGCCCUCUCUGUUGCCUAACUGCUGAAUUGGUCAAGCCAGAUGAAACUGGCCCAAAUGAAUUUACACCUUUCUCAGUUGUAGCCUGCAUCUAGUCAUUCAGGGGGAUGACUGAGAAUUUCCUUCUGUUCAUUAGCAGCUUUUCUCCAACUAGCUGCUUUGAUUGGUCACAUUUAGCAAAGCAGAGAACUGGUGUGGCCAGGCUUUACUCUAGCCAUGUGACGUAGCUUGCCCCAGCCUCCCCCUUCCUCAUAGAAGUAACUGUUUUUGAAUAAGUAGGGGGAGUUUUGUAAUCGUGAGCACAGGAAAUUUUCCCAUGAGAUACCUCCAGGUUCUCUGGCUGUCACUUCCCGAUUUUGGCCUUAGAAAUGCAAAUAUGCAAUGCUUGCUGUAAUGGCCUUUCAUAGUGAGUAAUUAGAAGCCAGUGGUUUGGAAUUAUUUUCUUGAGCAGCAGGUGGGUUUAAAUUAUUUUGGAUAAGCAAGAAUAAUGGAUACUUAAUUCUAUUAAUCUCUUGAUUGCUGAAGACUAAUAAAAUCCACAUCUGUUUCUGUGACUUUGGUGAUUUAACAACA